GAAAAUUUGAUGAAAAUCGGACUGAUUUUGAGCGCGCAGUAGCGAUUUUCCACAAAACGCCAAAAAGGGUGUCCUGUAACCUUAAUGGCCUGACCGGCAGACCCGAAUUUUUGUCUCUGUUUCAAUGAUCAUCAAUGGAAAGAUCUGGUUUAUGUUUCUCAAAUAUCUAGCGAAAAUGGACCUCAUUCUAAUUCUAUCUAAAUUUUCCGGUCAGGUAGGUCCCAAGCCCAAACGUUUUGUGUUCCAUUCAACAAUUUGACCGUUCUGACCGGUCUGGCCGUGGUACGUUAACGGCAAAGCGCCCUGUGAAUGAUUUUCGACGUUUUAUUUCACGAAAUAACAAUAUACAGUAACUAGACUACGAUACAAUUAAUAUAUCAAAGCUAAUUUGCUUUUGUGUCAGCAAAUGGGAAAUUUCCCAACAAGUCUGCGCAAUUUGGUCACGGGGAAUGUUCGAAAACCGCAACAUAUGAUGAGAUAAAAAAUCGACUUUUGUCAAACCUUCGUACACGUCAUAUACCUUUUUCAUAUCAGUGACGUCAAUCGCGGAAAAAGUUCAUGUGAUGUCCAAAAAAGGAACAAUUUUUGCUCUAACAUCAUUGAACUAUAAUAGGUAUGACAUUUCGCAAUUCAAAUGAUGUUAUAUGUAAACUUGAUUGGCUCAGCAACGACUUGCAUUACGGAACGCAGCUAUGGCCAAGACCAGAGGGCCAAUCCCAACACCCUCCAAAAGGGUGCAACCUCUUCCCCAGCUGGGAAGGGUGUAUUGUUGUUCCGCGUUUGACGUCAUGAUAAAAAAGGUCAUAAAAGGUGAAUUUCGUACCUCGAGCCCGCGAUAAGGUCUAUUCUGUGAUUCUGUCCCAGUCUCUUAACAAUGCGGAAGUGUUUGGCUCUGAACGGAAGAACGGAAGUAGAAAGUGGAAUACUUUGCCACAACUAAUUCCUGCUUUGAGUUCGCGAGCUGGAAUUAUUUCCAUCUUGAUCGCAGUUGUUGUUCAGACUUUUCUCCUUAUACCCUGUUCAAAACAAACUUCUUCCAGCAAGAAUAAUGGCUAAAGAAGGACAGUAAGUAUUAUUGUAUUUUAUCUCCGUUUGCGAUUGAAAGAUAUUUGCAAAGCAUUUGAUGUGUACUAGAUUCCGAUAGCAUGCUUGUCUAACUUUCAUUUUUGCAUUUGAGGAAAUAUUAGACGUAAAUGCUUAGAUUUUAAACUAGUAUUAAAAGAUAUCACAUUUGUUUAUUCUGAAUUGCCUUAUAGAGCCGAUAUUGCACUUAUUGGGCUCGCUGUCAUGGUAUGCAUUUAUAGUUUUUUCAUGGUAGAUUGCAUAAUGGUGAUUUUUUCGAGAUUUUGUAUAAUGUUGCAAUUCUCGUGUGUUUGUAUAGGGGCAGAAUCUUAUUCUGAACAUGAAUGACCAUGGAUUUGUUGUAAGUUUGAGCUAUAUGUCUAGAUAUUUGCAGCAGCUGUCACUACACAAAGUUAUAUAACUUAUGAAAUCACUCAUGCAUAGAUUAAUUAGUCUGUAUAUGAUGUUCUAAAAUCAAAACAAAGUCAGAAUUAUAUUGACUGAUGUAUCAAAAUAUUUUAAUUGAUACUAGAAACUAUGGGUAUCAGAGACAGUGAUGUAAUGUAUGUAUGAGAGGCUGCACAUUGACUGCGUAUUGAUAUAGCAGUAGUCUCUGCGGGCCUCUAGACAUGCCAAAUGCAAUUAUGCGCGGAUAAUUGUUCUUGUAACCACACACCCUUUUCCCCUGGGCACUCACCCCCCAACCCUGCCUCUCUCUCUGGUUGUGUCCCUAUCAUUGGGAAGACUGUCCACCCUUUUGGAAAAAUUAAAGCCUUAUAAUUUUUAAUUUCUCCCCUAUUUAUUUAUACCUUGUAAUAGAAGACAGGUUGACCACCAUCCAUAGAUGACAUAUUGUCAAAUAUAUAAAGUGUACACAACUCUGAUUUAUUUACGGCAGACACCUCUAACUGAUUACAUAACAAGCCCCAUAUGUCUUUUAACCCAUUGAGUGGCAGCACUCUCCACUUCACAAGUAAAAUCGUCUGGUGUUAGACAGAGUAAAAUACUAAAGUAGGGUGCAUCAGGGUGCAUUGCAUCUUUGUGCAGCAGGGUUUUUAGUGACUCAGUAUUUCAAAAUAACCAUAUAUAUCAGUUAAAUAGUGGUGAUCUUUCACUAGGUUUGUGCUUACAACAGAACAGUGGUAAAAGUUGACAAAUUCCUGGCCAACGAAGCGAAGGGUCAGUUUAACCAUACAUUGUAUCUUUGUUUGUUUCUUCAGAAUAAACUGUUUUCCUGAGCACUUUGCAGAAAGUUUUUAUAAACAACAAAACCUAAUUUUAUAAUAAGGUGCAUGUCUUUUCACUUUUCAGAAACCAAGAUCAUUGGUGCACACUCCAUGCAAGAAAUGGUUUCAAAAUUGAAGAAGCCAAGACGUGUUAUGAUGUUAGUUAAAGCUGGCAGUGCUGUGGAUUCAUUCAUCGAUCAACUGGUACCAUAAUUAAGAACAUGACGAUAUGCAAAUAUAUUCUUUAUAAUAUGAAUGUUGUUUCAUGCAAAUAGAAUCUGCUAGUGGCAAAAUAAUAUCGUGGCAUGUUGCAGACUUUUGAGGUUCUGACUCCAUUUAAAACAGUAUACAAAUUCUGUGUAUCUUGAUAUUCACAGGUCCCAUUAUUAGAAAAAGGUGACAUUAUCAUUGAUGGUGGAAACUCUGAAUACACUGAUUCUCAAGUAAGAAAAAAUAAAUAUUAAAAUUAAAUAAAUAAUGAAGAGAAAUAUAUGAAAGUGGCAAAUAUUGCUUGCCUGGUUUUGCUAAGGAUGUUGAUGUGGAGUCGCCAACACUGAUUUUAUAAUUCUCAAAUUUUGUAAUGUCUUGUAAACAGUAAUAGUGUAUCAUGCAUGCAAACAGAAUAUUUAUAUUUUCUUGCUGUUAGCGUCGCUGCAAAGCCUUGAUGGAGAAAGGAAUUCUGUUUGUUGGCAGUGGUGUGAGUGGUGGUGAAGAUGGUGCUCGAUAUGGUCCAUCUUUGAUGCCAGGUGGUUCCCCUGAAGCAUGGUAAGUAGCUAGAGAAAAAUAAGGUAAUACCAUGCCUGUCAGUUGGAUUGCAUUGUGGACAUCAUGUUAAAUUCCAUGGUAAAGCUGCAUGAGCAGAGUUCAUAAUUAUGUACUGUAAGCAGAAAAUGCAACUGCAGUAAGAGAGAAGUAGGCUUUUGUUUAUUAUGUGUGUAUAGUACAUAAAAUUAUUUAAGACCAUAUUAUCAAUUCAGACAAUUUAAAACCAUAUUUACAAUUUAACAAUUUAAAUUAUUUUACAAUUUAAAACCAUAUUAUAAAUUAAGGCAAAAUUUAUCUUGUUUAUAGAUAAUUUUUUGUUACAGUAUUUAUGCCAGUUACAGUAUAUUGUCAAAUAGAAUUAAAACACAUCAACAUCUCUUUUCAAAUGGAUAUUUAAUUUUCAACAGGCCUCAUAUAAAGACAAUAUUUCAGUCAAUUGCUGCUCAUGUUGGCAAAGAACCAUGCUGUGACUGGGUAAGCUUACUGUCCUCCUGUACCAAAAAUUGCCAUUUAAGCUGGUGUAAAAUCAAUACCAACAUUUCUUCAAAUUUUCUUAAAUUGUCUGUACUGGCCCUAUUUAAAUUGGCCUGCAGCGACUUUAGGUGAUUUUUGGACCAGGAGAAUACCUUCACCAUUACCUGAACAUUUAUAGACAGUAAUUUCAUGUGUGUUGGGAUUCUUCAUGUUUGUUUUUUUGGUAGGUAGGAGAAGAUGGUGCUGGUCACUAUGUAAAAAUGGUUCACAAUGGUAUUGAAUAUGGUGAUAUGCAGGUACGUCAUAAUUUGGUAUCUAAAAUUUCAGAUGGUCUGUACCAGUGUAGGUAGUGAUAAAUUGAAGAUAAAUUAGCUAGACGUAAUUGCUUCAUAUUAUUGUAAUUAGGAUAAUUUUAAGUGUCCCCGAUUAGUGAAAGUUGAUCUUUGGCUAUAAGACAUGACACUUUAAUAAAGUUCUCAAUCAAUCAAUCAAUCAAUAAUAAAGGAAAGCGGCAGAGGGAUACGGAUACAACUACCUGAAAUAUACAAGCAGAACUUUAACGAAGGCCCUUCUGUUUUUGCUUGAGUUUAUUUUUUUUUUUUUUUUAAUUCAGUAUAGAUACAUACAGUAUACUACUGUGCAUGUCGAAUUGUUUUAACAAUAGCAUAAUAUAAAUACACUAGGCGAACAAACAAUAGGACACAUGGUCACCUACAAGUUUUAAACACCUAUGUACUACUUUGUUUCAAUGUACUACUUUUAUUCCUAGGUUAUUUGCGAGGCAUAUCACUUAAUGAAGGGUGCAUUAGGAAUGAGUGAAGAUGAAAUUAGCAAGGUGAGCCUGAAAGGAAGACAGUCUCUUAUUUUUGAAGUGUUUCUUUUGUUUACUGCAAUAUACUGAUAAAGGUCAACAAUUGUUUGUAGACAUUAGAGGAAUGGAACAAAGGUGAACUGGAUUCUUUCCUUGUUGAAAUAACUCGAGAUAUUUUGGCGUUCAAAGAUACUGAUGGAAAAGCAUUGGUGACAAAGAUUCGAGAUUCUGCUGGUCAGGUAAUCUGGAAUAUGGUCUUCACCUAAACAUUUUGGGAAUAUGUGUUGCUCACCUAGGGGUGGAAAAAGUAUCGCGUAUACCCGCAGCUUUUUGCUACUCUGAGAUAAUGUUUAGAUUUUAGAUUUAAUGUUUAGAUUUAACUCAGAGUCUAUAUUAAUAGAAAGGAACUGGAAAAUGGACAGCUAUCUCAGCCUUGGACAAAGGAAUCCCUGUUACACUCAUUGGUAAGAUAUGGACAAUAUUUUUAACACCGUGGAUAUUAAUCCGACACGGGAUCCCAAUGUGGUACGGCUUUCAAUCCGACACAGUAUUACACAUGCGUACAUAUGUGCAAUAUUCACGUUUUUUUCAAAUAAUAUAUUUUUCCUGAACCUUUCCCUAACCCCGACCCUAACCAGUCCUUAAGCUAACUGUUCUGUUGGCAAGAGGAAGAACUCUUACCAGUAACCUUGAUAUUCCACUACCGAAUUCGUGCCGCUAACCCCAAGUAUGAUCUGAUUAUUGUGUGAUAUCAUCUAUUGCAUAUUAUAUUUGCGUCAUUCUCAUAUUUUUGUAUUAUGAUAACAAUUAUUAAGAUACUGAGCAAGGCAACAUUGAGAAGAGAAACAAAAAAUGUUCUAGCUUUUCAUCUCCUUGCGUUCUUAUCAUCGCUAGGUGAAGCUGUGUUUGCCAGAUGUUUAUCUUCACUCAAAGAUGAGCGGGUUCAAGCCAGUAAACAGUUGAAAGGGCCCGCUGUGACGAAAUAUUCUGGGGAUAAGAAAGAAUUUAUUGAGCACAUUAGAAAGGUCUGUCCGGCCUUGUGGUCCUACUAUAACUAAACUAUCUACCAUACCAUAUCAUACCACACCAUGUAUCCUAUCACACCAUAUCAUACUAUGCCAUACCAUACUGUCCCAUAGUACCAUACCAUAUCACACCACACAGUAUCAUACCAAACUAUACCCAUGCCAUAAUACCACAUUAUAUCAUACCAUAUUAUAUCAUGCACUCAUGAUACACCUUACAACACCUUACUGUAUUUCACUUUAUACCACGCACAUCAUAGCGUAUCUGCAUGGUCCAUAGCAAAAAUCCAAUGACUUUUUCUUUAUGUUAAGGCUCUGUAUGCUUCGAAGAUCGUAUCGUACGCACAAGGAUUUAUGUUGCUAAGAGAAGCUGCAAAACAGUAUAACUGGAACUUGAAUUAUGGUGGUAUUGCUUUAAUGUGGAGGGGAGGAUGCAUUAUUCGCAGGUAAGAAUUCAAAUAUUUCUUCAAAACAUAUCUUCUCUUUACGCGUUCUUUUGUACAAAUACUCUUUCAAUAGAGGAUUUCACUAUGCACUAUCGUAUACCAGAAGUCAGUUAUCGGAGUAGUCGAGUAUAUGAAGUAGUCGAGUAUUGGUGUAUUUCAAAAUAAUUUUAACAAUAAAACAAUCUGCUAAAAGUGUUUCAGCCACAUUUCCUGUUGAGUAUUUUUCUUCUCUGCUAGAUACUGUUGUAAACUUCUAAACUUUUGACUCUAUUUCGAGCAUUGAUGUACGUAGCUGAUCUCAAACCCACGAAUGAAAUGACAAUGAGUGUGUUUGCCGUAUGUUUUAGUGUGUUUCUGGGUAACAUUAAAGAAGCCUUCGACAAGGAUGCUCAUCUUAAGAAUCUUCUGCUGGAUGAUUUCUUCAAAAAUGCGAUUGAAAAAUGUCAGGUACAAUUCUGUGUGAAAACAUAAAACAACUUCAAACUAAAAACGUUUCUGUGUAUAAAAUCAAUAUACAGUACAUGUAAUCAACUCUUUCUCGUAUAUGAUAUAUUACAUACAAUAACUAUACAUUAGGAAGUAUAUUGUUUACAGACGUUUUAAAAAGAGAUUUUUCCGUGUUUAGGAUUCGUGGAGGAAGGUUGUCGCCACUGCAGUGACGUUAGGUAUUCCUACCCCAACAUUCAGUUCGGCCUUGGCUUUCUACGAUGGAUACAGGUAGGAUAAUGCUAUCGAAAUUUCUAGAAAUAUAUAGUGUUGGAUUUAAUUGAUGUAUUUGAUUGAUGUUUUUUAUAGGUCUGAAACACUUCCGGCGAAUCUUAUUCAGGUAAGAACAUCAUUCCCUAAUCUUAACCAUUAAUAAUGCAUGAGUAAAUUAACCAACCAUAUUGCUUUAUUUUGCUCACAUGAUAAUACUAUAUACCUGGUGAAAUAUGUUGAUCCAGUCCUAAAAUUGAUUCAGUCCUUGGACUGGUCAAAAUUAAUUCACCUCACUUUGCGCGGACUUGUCCAGUCCUCAUAGUCUUUGAAAUCUACACUAUAAAAGUAAAAAAAAUUUGAUGAUCCGUGACCUGUUUCAAUACAUCAAAAUCAUUCCACCUUUCAUCCCGUGUUGACAAAGCGGACCAUACAAGCAGCCCCUAACAUUCAAGCCAGUUCCCAGCUGUCAGGAGGAUAUUUUGUGGAAUAAAUGAGUUCUAAAAUUGCUGCAGUUUUAUCGUUUAAGUCAGCCAUCAGUUUAAGUAUAAGUAACACUGUUUGAAAAUAUUUCCUUGAUCGUUUCAGGCACAGCGAGAUUACUUUGGGGCGCAUACUUAUGAACUGCUGUCAACUCCAGGGAAAUUUGUUCACACAAAUUGGACUGGCCAUGGUGGCAAUGUAUCUUCAAGCACUUACAACGCUUGAAUCGCGUGGACGUCGCACAAUAAACCGACUUUCUGUUUAUAAAUACUUAGUGGGAAAUAACUGAUUGUAAACUACUCCAUAUGUAAUAUGAAAUUUAGACUAAUUUUGAUUAAACUACAAGAAUCAAUGCAUACUUAAAAUGAA